AUGGUCAACGUCUUUGUUCGGUUCCGGACUGAAUUCAUUGACUCUACUUCGGGCGAGCCACAGACUCACCCCUUACUGCGAGGGGAGGGUGUUACGUCAAAACGCAAGGUCCCACUGGUGCAGAGCGACCUGUUCUUUUGUAGGGAUGCAGUGGAUGUUCCAAAGUUGUUGAGGGGUUCGAGAGCAAGCUUGCUGGAGAGAGCAGAGAACAUAGGUGCGAAUGUAUUGGUAAACGAAAGUUGGGAGUGUUCAAUUCGUGUCCCUAGGGACAGACGACACGGAUCUUACAAAGUUCAGGUCCGCUACAACGCCUCGGCUUCGCGAUCGUCCCUCCCAGAUCCUCAAAGGCCAGUUGCCUUAGACCGAGUCCAGAAUGUAUCAGGACUCAUGACAAUCGUGGACCGCGAAGAAUUGUCAUCAUGA